CUAGAUUAUCAAGCGACAGUAAGAUUGGAGACAUACUUCACCUCAUGGUCAAGGAAUGGCGGAUGCGGCUCCCAAAGUUGGUUAUCUCUGUACAUGGUGGGACGCAGAAAUUUGACCUAAACCCCCGUAUUAAAGAAGCACUGUCAAGGGGAUUCGUUAAAGCUGCAGUAACAACAGGAGCCUGGAUAUUGACAGGAGCAGUCAAUAAUGGGGUCACAGAACACAUUGGAGAUGCUUUGAAGGAACAUGCUUCCCAGUUGUGCCAUAAGAUCUGUGUUGUCGGAAUAACCCCAUGGGGAAUAAUUGAUGGUAGACAAGAUCUUAUCGGAAGAGAUGUUGUAGCUCCAUACCAAACUCUGAUGAACCCACUCAGCAAGUUCCAUGUCCUCAAUAGCCUCCAUACCCACUUCAUCUUGGUGGACGACGGCACAGUUGGACGGCACGGAGCAGAAGUUCACAUACGAAGAGAGUUAGAAAGUAGAAUCUGUCAAAAACAAAUACAUGCAAGGACUGGCAAGCGAAUACCUAUUGUGGCUCUAGUGGUAGAAGGUGGACCCAACACCAUCCUCACAGUGUUUGAUUAUCUACAGCAAAGCCCUCCAGUGCCAGUGGUGGUGUGUGAAGGAAGUGGCAGAGCAGCAGACAUACUGGCAUAUGUUUAUAAGCAGACAGGGAGCCAAGGGAAUCUGCCAGAAGACACUCAGUCAGAUGUUAUUGCCACCAUAAGGAAAACACUCAGCCUUAAUCAGUUGGAAGCUGGACACAUGUUCCAGACUUUAAUGGCCUGCAUGAGGGCCAAGCACCUAAUAACUGUAUAUCAUGCUGGGCCAGAAGAACAUCAGGAUAUUGAUGUUGCAAUCCUCACCUCACUUUUAAAAAGUACUAAUAUGUCUCCAUAUGAUCAGCUGGCUCUGGUAUUGGCAUGGGACAGACUAGACAUAGCCCAAAACUAUAUUUUUGUACACGGACAACAGUGGUUGACAAAACCUUUGGAACAAGCCAUGCUGGAUGCACUUGUCAUGGACAGGGUUGCAUUUGUCAAACUUCUCAUAGAAAAUGGAGUCAGCAUGCAGAAAUUUCUGACAAUACCCAGGCUGGAGGAAUUGUACAACGCAACUCCAGAUGCCAGUAAAGAAACUCUUCUACACAUUAUCCAGGAUGUCAAGAAGGGUAAACUCUCAGCACAGUACAAGAUCAGUCUCCAGGAUGUUGGGCUUGUGAUAGAAUACCUCAUGGGUGGAACGUAUAGAUGCAGCUACACCAAGAGACGCUUCAGGGCUAUGUACAAGCGGAUCAGUCAGCCCUCAGUCCCAACUGAUUUAGGCAACAAAACUGAUAAAUCUUUGGACCGAACACAAAAAAAGGAAAAAACAAGACACGGUCAUUUCCUUCAAGCUGCUCAGCCCUUCAAGACUAAGAAUGGCGUGUGUGAGAAAGAAGCUACACACAAGUCAGACAGAGCUGGAAUCAUUGAAAAUGAAGAUGACAAUAGAAUACCUUUCCAUUAUGUCUUUAAUGAGCUUCUAGUCUGGGCAGUGUUGAUGAAGAGACAGAAGAUGGCGCUCUUUUUCUGGCAGCAUGGAGAAGAAUCAAUGGCUAAAGCAUUGGUGGCCACAUGUCUUUAUCGAGCCAUGGCCCAUGAGGCUCGCCAAUGGGAUAUUUUUGAUGAUACACCAGAUAAGCUGAAAGCUUAUUCCAAAGAAUUUGCUCAUCUAGCGGUAGAACUCCUCGAGAAUACCUACAAACAGAAUGAAAGAAUGACAAUGAAGUUAUUGACAUAUGAACUAAGCAGCUGGAGUAAAUCUACUUGCCUUAAACUUGCAGUUUCUGGAAAUGUUCGGAAUUUUAUUUCCCACGCUUGUACCCAGAAGCUACUCACAGAUAUGUGGAUGGGGAGACUUAACCUGAGGAAAAAUGCAUGGUUUAAGGUGAUAUUAGGUAUUUUGUUGCCACCAAUAAUACCACUGUUGGAAUACAAAACCAAAGCACGAAUGUCCCACAUUCCAGUGUCUCAGGAUGCUCAUGAAAUGAUAUGGAAUGAACCAUGGCAGGUGAAGUACUCGGAAGAAGGGGUAACUCUGGAUGCUUACAAAGAGGAUACAUUUUAUGAAUCUGGAGCAAAUGUUCCCGAGACAAGUUUUCAAGGAAAACCUCAACAUCUUUCGUUGGCACAGAAAUACUUUGCAUUUUACCAUGCACCCAUUGCGAAAUUCUGGUUUAACACGAUGGCUUACUUGGCGUUUCUGAUGCUCUACACAUAUGUAGUCCUGGUUAAAAUGGAAAGUUUGCCUUCUGUCCAAGAGUGGAUUGUGGUCUCAUUCAUAUUUACCACAGCUGUAGAUACAGUACGUGAGAUCUUCACUUCAGAAGCUGGUAAAAAUUCAAUGAAGCUUAAAGUCUGGUUCAGCAGUUACCUGAAUGUUAAUGAGUUCCUGGGAAUAAUCACUUUCCUUGCUGGUUUUGGAUUAAGAUUUGGCUCCAGAAAUUUGACAGACAACGUCACGGAAGAUUUAGUUUUUACAGCUGGAAGAAUAAUAUACUGCCUGAACACUACAUUUUGGUUUGUGAAGUUAUUCGACAUAUUAAUUGUGCACCCAAUUGCUGGCCCAUUUGUUUUCAUGAUUGGGAAAAUGAUGGCAAGAAUGUUUUUCAUUGUGGUAAUCAUGGGUAUUGUAGUGUUUGCAUUUGGUGUUCCAAGGAAGUCUAUCCUUUAUCCUAAUGAAGAACCUUCCUGGUCUCUUGCUAAAGAUGUAGUAUUUCGUCCAUACUGGAUGACCUACGGUGAAAUGUUUGCUUACGAAAUAGAUGAGUGUGCAAACGACACAGUUGUGCGACAGCUCUGCAGGACUGGAAGCUGGCUGAAUGGAUUUCUACAGGCUGUUUAUGUGUUUGUUCAGUACAUUAUUAUUGUUAAUUUUCUCAUCGCUAUAUUCAAUAAUGUCUACAUGGAAUUUAAAAGUAUUUCCAACCAGCUGUGCAAGUUUCAGCGUUACCAUUUUAUCAUGCAGUAUUACAACAAGCCUGUACUUCCUCCACCGCUCAUUCUCUUCAACCAUAUAGCAGCUGUUAUUAGCAGGCUGUGUGUACGGAGAAAGGGAACAACUUCAUCGGGGCCAAAACUCUUCUUGACUGAAGAAGAUAAAAAGAGGCUGCAUGAAUUUGAAGAAGAAUGUAUACAGAUUUAUUUCAAUGACAAGAAAGACCAAGAUGGAUCAAAGAGUGAUGAAAGAAUUCGAGUAACAACUGAAAGAGUCGAAGAUAUCUUCAGUGACAUGAAGGAUGUCAGAGAUCAUGUCGGCUUCAUUAAAAAUUUACUCCACCACUUAGAUGAUCACAUUGGGCACCUGCAGGAUCUGUCAGGUCUUACGCUGGAUUCCAUGAAAACUCUAACUGUUCAGAAAGCCAUGGAAUCAAAAAAAAGCCUCAGCUUUAGGUCCAGUGAUUUAAGCCUUUCAAAGCAGACCACCGAUGAUGGACUUGGGAAAUCAACCGUGUGGAAGAGAAGCAGAAGUGACCAUAUCUGGGGUCGUUCUUUUUCCCACACAGGUUUAGAAAAGAGUUUCAAUCACAUGGAUUCAAAUUCAGAGCAAAAGAUCCACCUGUCAGAUCACAGUGCUUUGCACCGAUCAGCGGAAUGCCUCCUAGAAUCACAGCACAGAGCUCUCUCUGAAGAACUCAAGAACUUAGGUUACAACUUUACGAAGACCAGGUCUCCGUCAAACUUGCCAGAAGUGCAGAAUACUCCCCAAUCAUCUACAAAAAUACAGAUCCCAUCAGAAAUAAAUGUUGUGCUGUAUAACAUUGAGCCAUUACAAACAAUUUCACCAUGUCCAGAAUCUGCCAGGUCACCUGAUCUCGGCAAAGAAGGUUUUGUUAACCAUGUAUUUAUUGAUGACAAUGGCAGCGCUCUCUAUGAAAACAGUCCUGAAGAUUUCAGAUUGCAUGCUCUCCCAUCACCUGAAGGAUCCCCCAAUGGGAACAGUGAGUGUCAUGGUGUUACUAUUGAAAACUUUGAUGACAAACCUCUUCCAAAAUCCAACAACAAUACUGGAGUGUUUCAGAAACUGUGGGCUAAAAGAAAAAAUUCAGGAAUCAAGCUUCAAAUAACAAAGCAGAUGUCAGCUGAGGAAGAGUCAUGCCAUAAUGAUGAAGGUCACCUCACAAGAACUCAGUCCUGCGUAGAAUCACUAGAGUUUCAAGCAAUUUCUCCAUGUGCAUUAACAAGCCAGAUUUCUUUGGAUACAUCAGUAUCUAAUGAAGAUUUGUGUCAGACAGACUCCAAGGCAGCCUUACUGAAGGAACAGUAUUACUACCGAAGGUCUUCAGGACACAAUAAGCCUCUCCAGAAAGAAGCCUUCACCAGGUUUGGAUGUAAUUUCAAAACAUCUAUGGAGAUAUCUUUUUAUUAUUCAGCAAUUGAAAGAAACAACUUGUGUCGUCUGUCCCAGAAUAUUCCCUUUACACCCCUGCCUCCAGUAGAAGAGUUGGUGACUGUGUAUCGUCUGGAAGAGAGCUCCCCCAACAUCCUCAACAACAGCAUGUCAUCCUGGUCACACAACGGCGUUUAUGCUACUAUUGAGUUUCUAAGUAAGGAAGAGAUGGGCGGUGGGUUGAGGAGAGCUGUGAAAGCGAUAUGCACCUGGUCUGAAAAUGACAUCCUGAAGGCUGGGAACCACUACAUCAUCAAGUCCUUCCUUCCAGAGGUGGUAAAUACCUGGUCAGCAGUUUACAAAGAUGAUACAGUGAUGCAACUAUGUCUCAGAGAAAUCCAGCAACAGAGAGCCGCACAGAAAUUGCUGUUUGCUUUCAACCAAAUGAAACCGAAAACAAUCCCAUACUCUCCAAAAUUUCUGGAAGUACUCCUCAUGUACUGUCACUCAGCCGGGCAGUGGUUCACAAUUGAAGAAAAUCUGAUUGGAAGGUUUAGAAAAUACAAUAACAACACCGGAAAUGAAAGCGUCCCAACAAAUAGGCUGGAGAAGACUAUGCUGGCCUUCAGCCAUUGGACUUAUGAGUACACCAGAGGAGAAUUUCUGGUCCUGGACCUGCAGGGUGUUGGUGAAAAUCUGACUGAUCCAUCUGUUAUUAAAGCUGGGGAACGCAGAUUAAAUGAUAUGGUAUUUGGACCAGCAAAUCUUGGGGAUGAUGCCAUUAAAAACUUCUGUACAAAACAUCAGUGUAACACGUGCUGCCGAUAUCUAAAACUCCCAGAGAUGAAAAUGAAUGAGUACAUAACAGAGGAAGCUUUACUCCAAAGGAACACUAACAUCUUCAAUGAAGGCUAUGGAACAGAAAGGUCAAGCCAGCAACCUGUCAAUGUCAUGCUGUGACUAAUUACAGCUCCCUUGGUCAUGUAACUUGCAUUAUAGUAUAGUACAAUGAAUUGCUGCAAUGUGUUGUAGGUCAUUUCAUCUCUAAUUGGUUUUGUUUGACCUCUGAGAGCCUGACAUUGUGAAUUAUGUAUAUAGGCACAGGAACAGGGGCGGGCGGGGUCGGGGAGUGAAUGGCUUGCCCACCUCUAAAUAUUUGAGAGGUGUCUGUGAAAGUAUUGGGUUAAGGGGCGCAGUGCGACUGCCAUCUACAGUUAAUACAGGCAGUGUCAGGAAGGAGAUAAUACCCUUUCCGCCCUCCCCACAGCCCUUCUCCACCUGCCUCCAGGGCCCUCCACCCCCCUGUAUCCAGGUCCAGCCCUUAAGGUGUGUGACUAGUUACUGUGUGCUGGCCCCUCCUCUGGGACCUGCCCUGUACCCUUCUCACCUACCACUUCAAUUGUUACUAACCUCUUCUCUCACCCACCUUUGUCCACCCAUUUGUCAGCUCACCUUUGUUAUCCCACCCCUUUCCCCCACGGCACCCCCUAUCUUACCCCAUUUCCAAUAAGGUUUUGCUGAAAAUUAAAUCAUGAUGCGGCCCCUGCGAUCCGUACACGCGGGUAAGCUGACAGAGACCGCAUCUGUUGUUAGAUGGAUAGAUAUCUCUGCCAUCAGGUAGCUGGUGUGGCAGGUAAGUCCAGGUGCCCUGAGAGGGCAACAUUCAGCGAUUUAUGGGAGACAGGGUGAAAUAGUAUCUUGCCCACGCUGACCCGUCCCCCCCCCCAACCAAAAAGGUUGUGGCACCCUUAAUUAUGUUUUAGCAUUAGGACAAUUAUGCUAUGGCAAUGGAAGCCAUUGUCAUACUGAAGGACUUAACUAGCAAUCCACAAUACCACCGCUGAGUGAAAGCAUAUAUGUUAAAAUGUAGUAUGUGCAUUAUAUUGCAUUUUUCAGCACUUGCUACCUACUGUAUGGCACCUGAUGCCUAAUGGAGGCUUGUGUUACAUUUGCUAAGAAUCAUUACAUUGUAAGAGACCUGUAGCUAAUACAGCAUUAAGGGGGGUACACACAGAGAGAUCUGUGCUUAAUUUCUAAGCAAUCUGGCUAGAUUGCUUAGAAAUUAAGCACUGAUCUCUCCGUGUGUAUGCCCCAUAGCGAUAGCGAUGCGUGGACCCUCGUGACGCUAUCGCCGGUACCAGGCCAAAUCUAGUUAGAUCACUGGAAAUGAGCAUUCCCCCCGUCCCCCCUUCCUCGCUCAGAACACAUCGUGCUGUGUGCUGAGCGGGGGAGAGAUGUGUGCUGAGCGUUCGUGCUAGAUCGCUCAGCAUUCAUCUCUGGGAUAAAUCUCCCCGUAUGUACGGCCCUGUAGCUAAUGGUUUACCCACAGUACAUUGGCGAAAGCCAAAAAAUCCAUUUGAGCAUAACUCUGAUAUACACCGUGUAAGAAGGUACAUUAUUAAUGUGUUGGCAUCAGAUUCAUUAAUACAUCAGGCAACAGAGAAAAUAGUUACUGGUAUGAAUAUCCAGAGGAACAUCCUGGGGGUUGUAGUUAUAUCACAUGCUGUGUUUUGUCCAUAACUGCUGUAAAUGAAGAAUUUAAAAAUAGAAGCUUUGAGACAAAUAGGAAAAUAAAGCUUAAUAAUAGUUUUAUCCUACCGUAUUUGUGUCAUACAUUCUGUUUCUGCUGUAUCCCAUGGACACAAGUUGGAAGUUCAAAGUUGUCCAGAUAAAACAGUAGCAGCAGCUAUGUUGGAUUUAUUUUGGUAUACAGUAUGAAUAACAGGCUGGUUGUGCUCACUCAGUAUUGAAGUUUAUAACUAUAAAAAUCUGAGAGAAACUGGUGAUGUCCAGCAAAAAUGUCACAUCCAAAUGGAACAUGAUGGUUUUUCUAGAAGCUGUUUUUAUAUUAUGGUUUAGCAUUAAAUGACUUGGUAUACUAGACUGCUAUAUACUAUGCAAUAUAGGCUGUGGCUCUGGUAGAUGGGUGACAAUUCAUCUGUCAGAAAACCCAUCAUAAUACGGAUAUGUGAUCCCCUUGUGUUUAUUGUACAUUUGAUUGGAUCACUUCAUCAUGGGGAUGUCAUCAGACAUGUAUAUUUCCAACAGUAUGUAACAGUUAAUGAAAGUAUUAUAUGAUCAAAUCUUGUUUCACAGAAUAAAAUGUAUAAUAGAUUAAAACAUGUGAUAUGCAAUCUGUGCCAAAGAUAUGAGUGGAGCCUUAUACAAUGAAUCUCCUUAUUUUAGCCAUAAGGCACUGUAGUAUUCAGAUGUAACACUACAGUUCCUCAUUCUCCUAAUAGGUUUCUCUACAAGUUAAUAUAAGUGGUCCUCAUUGUAGUUCCUCAUUGCUGAAGGUAGUACUGUUUUUUGUUUUCAAAUAAAAGAAUUGUCCGUGAGGGAGACGUGCAUCAUAUAUAUGUAGUAUAGAAUGAUUCAUUUCCUAUUAAUUCACUAUUAUAUUUGAUAUUUUUUACACUCCUUUGUAAGGUUUUCAUCCUUGAAAUUGCCCAAGGACUGCUUAUUAUUAUACUAAAAAGGAUUUUGAGGUGCCUCUGUGCGCUAAUGUGGAGCAACCUGAGAAAUAUUUUGAAUAGGAACCACAAACAAUUCCAAGAAAACAGACAAUAUACAAAGAAAUCAAAAUAUAUAGCGCUCAGGCGUGCAUGAUCCUAUUUGUGGACGUUUGGCAUGCCAGUGUGAUAAAUGCAACCCAGCAGUCUAUAGCUCUCUGUAGUGAGCAUGGUGCCUAGGCAUUUGUUGAGGACUACAUUCUUGGCUGUGCGCUGUUUUUUGGUUGGUCUACUUCAAUUAGCAAGAGCACAGUUUACACAGUAUUUUUCAAUUGAAUUGCAUAAUUGCAUCUGUUUACAACAUUUUUCCAGAACAAAACAGCCUUUUUCAGGUGGUAUCCACACAUUUUACUUAAGCAUCCCAGCAUUUAACAUGGAGAGACUGCAGCAGAUAUCUCAGAUACCUCUCUAUUUCCGAAAGCAAAGCAACCCCUACAAGUGUCAAUGGGGGUUGCUAAACUGUCAGAUUUGCCUUUGCAUUCCGGAUAUUGGCCCCGGCAACUAACCCCGUGUUCAGAUGGUAUUAGCCACUGUUUCCUAUGGGCUACAUUACGCAAAAAGUAUCAAGAGAGGGAUCCAGAAUCUGAUAAUACAGCGAUCACAUUAGCGAUCACUUUACUUUUACACACUUCAGGGAUGGGCUCCUAUUAGAGCACCGGGCGGCUCCUGUAUGUGAUUUUGGUGCUACCCGGAGAUCUAGAAUUCCUUAUUGCCACGGUAAGUGAUAAGGAAUUAUAAUUAUCAGGUCUUGAACCCAAUCAUUUCUAAAUCUGGCUCGAAGAGCUAAUACUAGAGCCACAUGGCAACUAUAUGAUUAUAUAUGAACCAGGUUUGGAUGUUAAAAAUGUGACUGUAAAUGAACCAAAAAAUGUAUUUGGAAAUAUAGAUGCAAAAUAUUUUAUAUCAAUCCUCUGGUAUUAUGC